AUGGCCAGAGAAGCUGAACGGUGGUGGCAUGCGAUGAAACUGUUGGAAGAACAGCGAACAGUACCUAUAGCAAUGACCUGGGGUCGUUUCAAACAGGUCUUCUAUAACCGAUACUUCCCCAUUACCACCAGGAAGGUGAAGGCGGAGGAAUUUUUUAACCCGACUCAAGAGCGCCUCACUGUUCAGCAGUAUACUACUAGGUUCCUAGAACUUUCUCGCUUUGCACCUUCUAUGGUUCCAGAUGAAUACCAAAAGGCGAGAUGGUUUGAAAGGGGCUUAAAUCAGAGGAUUCACAAGCACAUGGCAUGUCUGCAAAUUCAGGAUUUCGCAGAACUGGUGGAAAAGGCCACUAUUGCAGAGUCAAGUCUGCAGAGAGACAAGGGCCAUGGAGGGGAGAUAGAGAUAUCGCAGGUCAGAGGUCAGAAAGGAAUGAUCGAGGAUGUCAUGGCGAUUCGUCACGCCCCCACUGUCCUAGAUGCAAUCAAAGGCAUUGGGGAGAAGUCGGGGUAG